GAACUUCAAAGCAUCAUACAGUACUAACAUUUUUUUAAACUUAAACUUUUGCGUUAUAAAAUUUUUUCUUUCCUUUCGUGUCUUUUGUUCAUGAUAAAUUGCGAAAAUUAAUAAUUCACAGUUCAAUGAAAAAAAAAAUUCACAUUCAAUAUAAACUUUAUUAUUUUGCCAAAUAAUUAAAAAAAAAUGGUGCAUUACUUUAAGACUAAUGCAUGAUAAAUAGUAGAUCAUAUCUCAAUCAUCUAAUAUAUUGAUUUGUAUUCCCUUUACAUUUAGAUUGAAACCUUUUUACAAUUUAAGAUACUUUUUUUUUUGAAAAGGGCAAUACUGAUUGAAGCAAAAAUGAAAUAAUUUCAAAACAUAUAACUAUAGGUGAAUCUAUUAAAAACUUAUUUUAGAAAAUAAAUACGCUGUUCUGCGCAUGUCGGACAGAUUGCGUAAUGUUUUGGCAAUUUACCGCCACUUUAUUUUUUUUCUUAUUCAGCCGGGCAUUUAAAGCUUGUGGCCUUGAGGAAACGUAAUAUUCGUACGCUAUUUUGCGGAUUUCGGCGGUAAUUGGAAGUAUCAGUGACACUUUAUUUAUUAACCAAGUUCGUUGCAUCGUUACAUUUGUAAUGCUUCUAGGUUAUCAGGAUAAUGAGGACGAGACAAGCAACUAAAAGGAAUCAAGUCACGGUUCACAAGACCAAAAAUUUGAAUGACGGAGUCCGAAAGAAGAAGCCACGAUUGAAAGAAGAGAGCGCCGAAGAUGAAGAUAAAACAGCAACACACGAGUGUAGCGCCAAAGCUGAUGUCAAGGAAGAAUCGUCAGAAAGCAGCUCUGAUGAGUUUGUAAAGGUAAAUGAGCUAGAUUUGGACUCAGACUUUUUCAAACCUUUGAAAAAAAAUGAGUUUGCGGAGAUUGAAAAUAAAAUAUUUUCGGAAGUUUCUCGGCUAAGCGAUUCAGAAUCGGCUCUUAGUGAUGAUGAUUUUGAGGCCCCUCGUUCACAGAAUGCCAGUGGUUCGACAGUUGGAUCAAGCAAGUGUUCCAAGAAAGGUCAGGUUAAAGAGAAUUCCUCUACCUCAGUUACAAAAAAAACUAAUGAAAAGAAACAAGAAGAAACAGUCUCAUCGAAACUUAAGAAUAAAUCAAAAAAUGCUUCGCUUAGGAAAGACUCAGGAAAAUGUACAAAAAAUACAGCCGAUGAUACUGUAGAUGUGUUACAGUUGCUAACCCUGGGAGAGGGAUCGAGUAAAACCAUCACGGAAACCACCAAACCCAUGACUAAUGGGCGAAGGAAAAGGAAAAAAGAUUCUGAUUCUGAUGACUCAGAUGAUGAUUGGGAAAAUGUUGAAACAAAGGAUCAGAAACCCAGGGAACCCAGCAUUCCUAAGGAAGGUGUUGAAAUCACUCUUAAGUUUCCCGGCAUGUACGAAAAGAGGAAAAAGAAGGGCUUUGACUGGAAGGCACACAUGUUGCGUAGACUGAAUAGAGUUAAGCGUGAAAUACAAGUGUUAGUGCACAAAGUGCAUUUGCUGUGCUGGAUAGCUCACGGUAGGUACGUGAACUCGGUUCUCAAUUCCGUCGAGUUGACGGCUGUGGCUUUGUCUCUGAUACCGUCGGACAAGUGCUAUCCCCCGAAACAUUCAAACCUCAAGUACCUGGAACAGUUUGUCUCUUGGUUUGCCGGUGCCGUGCCGUUGAACAAAGAGACUUCCGAAGAAGUAUCAGGUGGUGUUAUUCCACUGCAGAAAGUUUUAGAAGUUCAGUUCGAGAAAAAAGCUGCAAAUUCUAAACGCGAGCUAGCAAUGAUGUUCAUCUGCACCGCGAGAGCCGUGGGACUGAAAGCCCGACUGGUGAUAUCGCUGCAGCCUCUGCCGUUGAAACCACCCUCGAGUGAGCUUUGUGCCGUGAGCGAUGGCGAGAAGGGUAAGAACUGCAAAAAGGAGAAAGUCGAAGAACCUGCAAGCAGCAAGGCAUCGAAAGCCUCACGUAAGCCUCACACCAAGGGAAAGGCCUCCCCUUCAAAACAAGCGGAAGAGACGAAAAGGAGCCGUGAGUCUGAAAACGAAUCGAAGAAAAACAAAGCAGCUAAAGUCCUCCAUAGUAAGGACGGAGCAAGUUCAAAGAAGGUGGACGAUAAAAGGGGAACAAAGUCCUCAAAACCCGAGGAAAGUACAAAGAAAAAAGCCUCAAAGGUGUUGGGACGAGAGGAGAGUGCGAGCGAAGGCAGGACCCUGAGGGCGAGGAGGUCUGGUGCCUCGGCGAGGUACCGUGACGGCUCGAGCGACGGCUCUGGCGUGGAAGAGGGGGGCAACUCCCAGGGACGCGUGUCCCUCGCAGUGGCCGGGGGCGGGGCGAAGCGGACGCCCCGCCCCGGCGCGAGGCAGCAGCGCAGCGACAGCGAGUUCGAGGAGGAUCCCGGCGGGGCCGCGGGCUCCGACAGCGACGGGGACUUCGAGCCGGGCAGCUCGUCCGCCCGGGUGCGUGCCCCGCGGGGCGAUGAGGCGGCGGGCAAGAAGAGGGAUCGCUGCGACGUGUGGGCCGAGGUGUUCCUGGAGGAGGAGGAGAAGUGGAUCAGCGUGGACGUUCCUCGUGGGAAGAUACACUGCAUCUCGCAGAUAUACGCCACCGCCACGCACCCCGUCACGUACGUGCUGGGCUUCAACAACGACCAGACGCUGAAGGAUGUGACGCGGCGCUACUGCGCGCAGUUCCACACGGCGACGCGCAGGCAGCGGGUGGACCCCGGGUGGUGGGCGCGCGCCCUCAGGGGGUUCACGGGGCGCCGCACGGCCGCGGACCGCGAGGAGGACGAGGACAUGGACCGCCAGCUGGAGGACCGGCCCCUGCCCGCCACCGUCUCCGAGUACAAGAACCACCCCCUGUACGCGCUGGGGCGCCACCUUCUCAAGUUCGAGGCCAUCUACCCGCCAGACGCACCCUCGCUGGGCUUCGUGCGCGGCGAGCCGGUGUACGCCCGCGAGUGCGUGAGGAACCUGCACUCGCGCGAGGUGUGGCUCAAGGAGGCGAAGGUGGUCCGCCCCGGGGAGCAGCCCUACAAGGUCGUGAAGGCCCGGCCCAAGUACGACCGGAUGACGGGCCAGGUGAGGACGGACCUGCCCCUCGAGGUGUUCGGGGAGUGGCAGGUGGACGACUACGUCCCGCCCGCGGCCCGGGACGGCAAGGUGCCGCGGAACGAGUACGGCAACGUGGAGCUCUUCAAGCCGUGCAUGCUGCCCCGGGGCACCGUGCACCUGCAAGUUCCCGGCCUGUGCAGAGUUGCCAAGAAGUUGAACAUUGAUUGCGUGUCGGCCGUCGUCGGUUUCGACUUCCACAGCGGAGGCAGCCACCCGACUUAUGACGGGUUCGUCGUGUGUGAGGAAUUCGAGGAAGUCCUCUUGGAUGCGUGGGAGAAGGACCAGGAGGAGCAGGAGCAGCGGCAACGGGAGAAGCUGGAGAAGCGCGUGUACGGCCGCUGGAAGCUGCUGAUCCGCGGGCUGCUGAUCCGGGAGCGGCUGAAGGCGCGCUACUCCUUCGGCGCGGACGCGGGGACGUCCUCGGCCCCCGGCGGCCAGUCCUCCGCCCCCGGGGGCAAGUCCCGGAGGGCCAAGGCGGCGGGACGGAGGUCCCGGUAGCCCGUCGCGUCCACGUGAUCCCCGAGUGUCCCGGCCUGGAGCUGUGAGACGUUUCCUUUACCGUGGCGGAACCUCGACUUUUAGCUGUACAAUCUGUUUCCAUACGAGUUUUCUUGUUUUAGCUGAUUCCGAUGAACGAGUUUUAAUGCUAGAUACCUUACAUUAAAAAUAAUUUAUCUUGUAGAUGAAAGAAAUUAUCAAUCUUGUAUAGUAUGUAAAGUUGUUUUUAUAUAUUUUUUUUUUUAAAUAAAUGUUUUUUGCACAUGAAAAUCAAGGUGUUUUCUCAGAGUACCCUGGUGUCCACCACUAUUUCACCGCCGGCCUGCCGUGCACGGAGGUUUUUUACUUGAACUUACAAUUGAGCGAGUAGUGGACUUACAGAGAAUAUUGCUAGUAUGCUAGGCUGCUUGGGUUUCAGUUUAUUAGGAAGCUUCUUAAUUAAUAAGUGCACAAGUAAAUGAAGAGGGAACUUGUUCAAAUAAUUUUCAUCUGCACAGUUUCCAACCAUUGGUUGGGUUAGUUCGAAAUGUAGCCUUUGAAUCGUCUGACUUCCGCAGGAGAGUAGCUAGAAUUAUAUUUCAGUGUGUGAACCCAAUUGAUUCUGGUAUAAGUUGCACUUAAUAAAUUUAAAAAAAUUUAAAAAAAAGUACGCAAAAGUAGGGUGUGCAUAAGAAUUGACAUCCUCCAUUUUCUGAAAUAUCUUGAUUCCAAGGCACACUUGUGUUGUGGCUUGUAGGUGCUAAAUAUAGGAUGAGCGCUCAAUCGAUGACAUCCUACAUUUAUAGGCAGUCAUCGCCUUCAUUGGAAAAACAGAAGCAGAUUAAUUAGUGAGUUGGUGGUUCCAGAAUAUUGCACAGACAGUGGUGGGUGGUCAACUAUCAUUUAAAGACAUGGCUGCCUAGUAAUAUGGAUAGUCUGUAAUUAUUACUGGUUCAGAUGACCAGUUACGGAACUAUGGGGUGUUUUAUUUAUUCCGUAAAUAGAUAAUCGUCAUGCCAGUUCGAAUUAUUGUGUGUAUCAGUUUCAUACUAUAAAUACAGCUAGCUAAUGUAGCUCACGUAAUAUUGGAGGUUAACCUUUUUGUAAAUUACAUACUUAAAAUAAAUAAGAAUUCAUGCGUGUUCAAUUUUACGCAUUUAUGUGAUUACUGAUUGGUGUGCCUUGAAGUUGCCACCAAUGUGCACCAUGGUGUAUUAAUGCUUCUGUACCUUUCAUAAAUAAAUAUGUUGAGCUAGCAACUUGCGCUCGUGAAACGUUGAAGCUGCCAAGUACUUAGUGCGUAGUCAUAAGUCAACCAGUUAAAUCUGCAACCUGUCUGCUGGGCACAGCUAAACUGGCAGAGUUAAUUUUACUGUAGAUAUUCACUUGAAUAUUGUUGUGUUAGAACAAAAAAAAUAUGUUGGCAGAUGAACUGAUUGUUUGUAUUGAAGGAUACGUUCAUGUAUAUAUGUAGUCAGAUAUUUAAAAACUGUUAUUUUUUUGCGUACUAGCCAAUUUGCGAUGUAUUAAAAAUUAGAUGACUGUAAGAUUUCUAUUUAUUUACCGAACUAAGUUGAAUCAAAAAUAUUUGGAAAAAUGGAAUUAAUGUGUGGUGGCAAAGGGGAAAGGGUUUGUUUGGUUAGUUUUGAAAAAAAAAAAAGUUUAAUUCGUACCCUGAGUGGAAAGUAGUGUAGUUACGUCCCUGGUUAUUACAGGCACAAUUCAGAAGAUAAGUUCCUUGUGCGCAUCACUCACACGACGGCCUAAACUAUUGUUCUUUGCUUUAUUCAGAAACAGUUUUCAUCAGAGGACAAUCUUGAUGAAAUAUUAUAGUGAAAUUUUUUUUAAUGUUAUUUAUACACUCCUACAAAUUACAAUAAAAUUCUGUGAACAAUAGGUUAGGUUAGCUAUUUGAAAUGUAAAUUGGUAAGAAUGGUUGUAUAGCUUGUCAGUGAAAUUUAAAAAUACUUAACUGCAUUAUUAGGGACAAGUAAUGUCUAAAACACCUCUUCACAACUUUAUUUUUAUUUUUUUGGG